AUGGCAGACGCUAACAGAGAUUUUGAUAACGACGAUGAAUUUUUGUAUGGCGGAAUUGAAGAGCAGACCGUUGUUGAACCUCAAGUAUCAAAAGAGGAGGGGUAUUCUGAAAAUAAUAUAAAAGAAGUCAAAGUAGAAGACGACGACUUCUUUGAUAUGUAUGGGGACGGGACAAAUCAUGAUAUCGGCAAUGUCAAUGAUGAAGUUUCUAAAGAAGUAAAUCAAGCAGAUGUAGAUUCAAUAAAAACCGAGCAGGUUCAUGAUCAGGAUAUGUAUUUUCCUCCAGAAACGAAAGAACAUCAAAAUACCCAUGAUGUUCACGAUGACAAAACCGCUCAAAGUACCUUUGUUCAGAACUAUGAUAUUCAAGGGAUCCAAAAUAAUCCAGAUACGAAGGUUAACCAAGAUAGCCAAGUUAUAAAUACUCCAGGCAACGAGAAUAAUCAAGAUAAGGAGGAUUAUCAAGAUAAUCAAGAAAUUCAAGAAGGACGUGAUAUGCAAGAUAUUGAUCCAUUAGAAAUGUCAACAGAGAAUGGAAAUUUGGAUAUCGAAAUUAUAAUGGAUGCUCCACAACCAAAACCGACAGAUAACGCUACAAGGCAAUUUAAUUGA